AUGUCAACAUCCUAUGAGACCCAACAGCUCCGACAUGGUCCUCCAUAUGCUUCAACUACAGCCGCUGUCGGAGGAAGACCUACCGUCCACCAAGAUAUACCAGCCAUCGCAGUCUUCCUAGUCCUCUACCUUGUCGGCGCCAUCUCCAACAUGACCAUUUUCCAGAAGAACAGAAGAAGAGGCCACAAGUUCCUUGCAUCAUGGGGAAUGUUUGGCUUCUGCAUGGCACGCAUUCUCAGCUGCGUGCUAAGGAUAGUAUGGACGACUGAACCGCACAAUGUCCGUCUCGCCAUCGCCGCAGCCAUCUUCCUCAACCUUGGAGUCAUGGUCGUUUAUGCCGUGGUGCUGGUGCUCGCAAGUCGCAUCCUGAGAGCUACACAACCAAGCAUUGGAUGGAACCCUGUGCUGAGAAAGGCUGUGAAAGUCUCUCAUGCCGGCAUCGUCGUCGUGGUAAUCCUUGUCCUCAGCUUCACCAUCGCAAACACUGAGACACUCGACCACACCGUCAGAACAGUAGCACUGUGGGUACAAAGAGGAUCAAACCUCUACCUCCUGCUUCUCAACUGCAUCACUCCCAUCUUUUUGCUACUCUCUUGCCUGCUUCCAAAGGAUCCGGAAAGCGAGAACUUUGGGUCGGGAAGCAUGGCCGCGAAGAAGAUCAUCCUUGGAGUAGCCAGCUUCUUCUGCUUGUUCAUCUCUGGCUUCCGCUGCGGUGUCCUUUGGGCAACACCGAGACCUGCAUCGAACCCCGCAUGGUACGAUCACAAGGUUAUGCUUUACCUGGUCGAGCUGGGUUUCGAGGUUGUCAUCAUCUACCUCUUCCUCUUCACCAGAUUCGACAAGAAGUUCUGGGUCCCCAACGGCAGUACAAAGGCAGGAGAUUACUCUGAAAGAAAUGAGGAAGUUCACACCGUCGUGGACAAGGAGAUGGCUUUUGACUCUGAUGUUCAGUCUGUCUGA